CUGACGCCGCGCGCUAAUUGGCCCGCACAGGCCCCGCCCGCGAGCGCGGCCGCCUCCUUUCCCCGCCCCGCGUCCCUCCCCCUCAGUCCGGAGCGUCGCCAGCUCUCCGCGCCAGUCGCUGACAGCCGCGGCGCUGCGAGCUUCUCCUCCCCUGCUCCGAGGGGCAGAUCAGCAUCAUGGCAAAACUUGGCUACUGGCUGCUGGUUCUCUUUGUGGCCACGUGGAGUGACGUGGGACUCUGCAAGAAGCGACCGAAGCCUGGAGGCGGAGGAGGAUGGAACAGUGGGGGUAGCCGAUACCCGGGGCAGGGCAGCCCUGGAGGCAACCGCUAUCCACCCCAGGGCGGUGGCGGAUGGGGGCAGCCCCAUGGUGGCGGCUGGGGACAGCCUCAUGGUGGCGGCUGGGGACAGCCCCAUGGUGGUGGCUGGGGACAGCCUCAUGGUGGUGGCGGCUGGGGUCAAGGAGGCCAGUGGAGCAAGCCCAGUAAGCCGAAAACCAACAUGAAGCACGUGGCAGGUGCUGCCGCUGCCGGGGCAGUGGUGGGGGGCCUUGGCGGCUACAUGCUGGGGAGUGCCAUGAGCAGGCCCCUCAUACAUUUUGGCAAUGACUAUGAGGACCGUUACUAUCGUGAAAACAUGUACCGUUACCCCAACCAAGUGUACUACAGGCCCAUGGAUCAGUACAACAACCAGAACAACUUUGUGCACGACUGCGUCAAUAUCACCAUCAAGCAGCACACGGUUACUACCACCACCAAAGGGGAAAACUUCACCGAGACCGACAUUAAGAUGAUGGAGCGUGUGGUCGAGCAGAUGUGUAUCACCCAGUACCAGAAGGAAUACCAGGCUUCCUACCACAGUGGAUCGAAUGUGGUCCUCUUCUCCUCCCCGCCCGUGAUCCUCCUCAUCUCCUUCCUCAUCUUCCUGAUAGUGGGAUGAGGAAGGUCUUCCUGUUUUCACCAUCUUCUUUAUCUUUUUCCAGGUUGGGGAAGGGGUAUAUCCACCUGCAGCCUUUUUAGUGGCGGUGUCUCAUUCUUGCUUCUCUUUGUUCUUCUUAGGCUAAUCAAUACCCUUAGCACUGAUGGGCAGUGGAAAAGAUAGGGUAGACCCCAGGAUGCUAUCUACUCAAGCCCCCUUUGACUGAACCCUUCAUAAGCCAGUGCCAAUGCUGGACUGGUAAAAGUAUAACAGCAAAUAAUCAUUGAUUAAUCUAGACUUACUUUUGGUCUAGCGCAGCAGGUUGAGGCUAAAACAAAUCUCAAAACAGUCCUCAAAUACCUUUGCCUGAAUACCUCUGGCUCCUUGAGCAGCUAGAGCUCAGUACACUGAUAUCCCUCUUACCAGGGAUUUCACAGCUAUUUGGAGAAAUUUUCUCGCUUGUUUUAAGAAGUCCUGACAGCAUUUCUGCCAAAUGUAAAAGGAGGCCGCAUGAUACUCACUCAAAAAAUAUAUAUACACAAAAAAAACUAGAAAUCCUUAGCUCUCGGGCCGCAGGCUCAGCCCGCUGGAGCAUUUGCUGUGUCUGCAGGGAACUGGGGCGAUGUUUUGCCUUUCACAGUAUGGGCUACACAGCAGCUGUUGCAUCAGGAAUAAAUAUUGAUACACACGAGACCUCUGACCAAGGGUCCCAGGGAAUGACCAUAACCAUAACAUAUAUGAAAGGCUUCUGGGACUGAAAUGUCCACUUGGGAAUGGUCCUCUUGGAGGCAGCUUCCCAAUCGGGAUGUUUAAAACAUCUACACCUGGCAUUCCUACACUACAGAUAAUGAAAGCAGCAGAAAAUGAAAUGACCUUCUAGAAGGCAAAUCUCCUAUGUUCGUUUACCUAGAAACCAGAAUGAUUUUUCCAUUGUUUGGGUGAAACCAAGAGAUUUUAGGCUAGAGGAAAGCUGAAGAUGUGAAAUACACAUAGUAGAUUGUGUAGUGAGGAAAAUGGUUAGUGCACAAAGCGGCGUGCUUGCAUUUCUUUAUUUCUGUCUCAUGAUUAUCAAAUGCCAGAAUUAGGUCGAGUCCGUAGUUUGUGUAAUUGGCUUUUGAAUCAAAGAAUAGGGAGACAAUCUUUAAAAAAAAAAUAGCUUAGGUUGGAGAAGACAGAAAUAUAAUCCAUUCAAAGUGGGAAAAAAUUCUGUUAAUGCUAUUUAAGUAAGGUAAACUUAUUCCCUGAAUUGUUCGAUAUUGUCACCUAGCAGAUACAUAUUACUAUUCUGCAAUGUUAUUGGCUUGCACUGUGCAGGUAUUCUAUGUAAAAUAUAAAAAUAUUGAUAUAUAUUGCAUAUGACAAAGUUAGGAGUUUUGUUUAGAACAGUCAACAUCUGAAGUAUCUAAUGCAUUAACUAUUUUUUAAGGUACUAAAUACUUAAUAUGUGAGAAACCCUUUUGCGUGGUCUUUAGGUUUAAAAUGUGCACUGAAUAGUUUUGUAUAAGAAUCCAAAGUGAUCACCAUUAACUGGUCUUUGAAAUAUGCAUGUACUAUAUAUUUUCUAUAUUUGUAACUUUGCAUGUUCUUGUUUUAUUGUAUAAAAAAAUUUAUAAAUGUUUAAUAUUGACUGAAAUUAAACAGAAGCUAAGAUGAGCACCAUC